AUGUUGAAUUUGAAAGUGGUCUUUUUUUUAAGUGUCUGCUUUUUGCUGUUACCCCGGUAUAGUGCCCGGAGGGAUACACAAACAAAUGAAGAUACACCUGGUGCUUCGUCCCAUGUGUAUAAAUCAUUAGAAGCGAAGCAAAUGAACCCAUGGAUUGGGGGAAAUAGCCAAACGGGUAUAAUAUAUGGCGGUAGAACAAAUAAAGAGAAUAACAAUAACGAGAACUCCCCCCAAUUGUCCCUUCUUUUUUGUGCUAGUAAAGGAGUUUCCUGUGAGGGAAACAACCUCCCCAGUGAAAACAUGUGUGCCUUAAGAGAAUAUCCAAAUAUGAAUCGAUGUGGUAGGGCCCAUGACAGAAUGAUACAACUGAAUGGUGUCUGUCCUUAUCACUUCAGCGAUGGUAAUUCCUCCUCCCUUUUAUACACAAAUGGAGGGAUCAUGAAACAGACGAGCAAAGGGGGUGAACACAAAUUCUAUCAGCUAGUUUUUCUUUUGAGAAAUAUUAUACCUUCUAAAAUGGCCCCGAAAAAGGAGAUGGCGCUAAGAAGGUAUGAAAACUACAUCACAGUUAAGGAUAGUGAAAAAAAUGAAUCUUUUUGUAAAAUUUUGGAGGACGGAAAUAUGAAGCGAAAUAUGGGGACCUCUCACACAUGGUACGAAGAAGAAACUGCUAGAAUGUUUUCUUACAAAGAAGUAAGAAAAAUGAUGAAUGGGGUGAGAAAAAGCCGAAUAUUAGUUGAGGCAUGUACAUUGGACUGUGGAACUAAUGGCACAUGCGAAAUGAAUUCAGGAUUUCAAUAUUGCGAUUGCAAACCGGGUUAUUCAAUGGAUAUAAAAGAUAACUUUAUGUGUAAGGAACACUGUGCAGUGAAUAAUGGGGGAUGUGAUCCGAAUGCGUUGUGCACAGCUGUAAAACCUGAAGAUGAAGAAACAAAAGGAGUCAUAAAAAAUGUUGGUGUUCUUUGCACAUGUAAAAAUGGCAACACGAAGCAUAUGGGAUAUUACUGCAACUCUGGUUAUUUCACGAGCCUUAAUUUUAUCCUGCUCUUCUUGUUGCUUCUCUACUGGUGUCACUGA